GCGGCGGCAGGUAGUUCUAGAAAGUACAAGAAAGAUAAGUUUAUUUAUAAUUCGCCGGAACAUAACCUAAAUCAAAUUAUACUGCAAUGGCAAAUGUGUUUGGAUUAAUAGUGUCUGGCCGUUUGGUCCAAACAGACUUCACACCAGUAUCUGACACGCAGUUUCUCAUCACAAUACCCGAGGCAGACUCUAUAAACUACCUUGUUGUGUUCCUCACCGGCAUUUCUCCGCUGCCUGAAGGCGCCUGCGGAAUGGUCUACUGGAGCUGGCCGGACCCCUCAGCACCGCCGAACUGGCAGCUGCUGGGACACAUAUCCAAUUCCAAGCCGUCGGCAAUAUUUAAGAUUUCUAAUUUGAAGAAGUUGCAUGAACUAUCUAGUGAUAACCAGUUUGGGACCGCGUUCGGCGCGCCCAAGAUCUGUCACAACGCGCAAAUAGGUGUCGCCAUAGAGCCAGAGUCCAAUGUAUCACUGCUGGCUUCCUCUGUUGCACAACAGAACUCCUACGUCACCUUUGCUCAGAAGAUGCUAGAGAACCUGAUAAACUUCGUGGGCUCGUUCGCCGUGACCCAAGAGCAGAUGAGCCCGACCCCGGGCGUCUCCUACAUCCCGCUGAGCACGCUGCAGACCUGGUACCAGAACUUCGAGCGGCGGCUGCAGCAGAACCCUAACUUUUGGAAGAACUAGUCGUCCUGGUGAUCAUGCUGCAUCCCUGGUAACUAAAAUAUGCGAUAAUACGCGAUACCAUUGAGAAAUCUUCUUCCUCGCGUUAUGCCACGGCUCACAUAGGAGCCUGGGGUCCGCUUGACAACUAAUAUUUUUUUAUAUAUGGAGUGAGUACUGUGAGCUUACUCGUUUAUCUGUGGCGAUACUGAGAGCCAGUUGCACCGCACCAUCGCCGCGCCAUCGCCAGCAUAAGUUUCACCUGUCAACCCCAUAGUGUCAUACUCUUGUUUAUAUUUUUUAUUUAUUGCCUGGACUAGAUAGCUCUUUAAGCUAAAUCUCAUAGAACAAAACUAGAGACAGGAAAAACCUAUGCUGACGCCAUCUAUAAAAACCUUUGAUAGUUGCCAACCCCUUUGACGGACUGAUCAACGGGAAUAAGCAUUGAAUUAUGGUUUUUUCCCAUACAAUAAAAUUGAGUGAAUGUUAUUAACGAUGAUUUCAAUAUUUUUGCCAUUUUAACCUUGCAAUUAACAUAGUUAAUUUAUGUCUUAUAAUUAUGAAUUCUUUCAUUUAAUUUGGUGUUGGCAAUCUAUCGAAUAUUUUGAUGGCCCUGAAGUUGUAUACUAUUUGUUAAACAGGGAUGCAGCUAGUUACUAUAUCUCGUACGAAUAGGUUUUUACACUUGUAAGAAAUAAAUGUUAAUUUUAUAGCAAUGUUCCGCAAGGCGAGAUUGUGAUAUUAAUAAUUUGCGACGUUAUCUAUGAAAAGGACCUUAUUGUCGAUGGCGCUUACGCCAUUAUUAACGAUGCUCCGAUAUAAAUACAAUGCCGCGCGACGCUGUACGGCGUAUGCGCCAUCGACAAUAAGGUCCCUUUUCAUAGAUAAUGCCCCAUUUCAUCUAUAGUUCGUUUUUUAGCAUUAGAAAGAACUUGCAAGAAGGUAAGCGAUCUUCACAUCAAAAACGAUUACUUAUGAAAGCAGAAGAAUAUAAAUGAUCGUAUUAGAUUAAUAAUUGUUACUUAUUUUUAAAAUGUAUUUUUCAAUUAAAAGGCACAUCAAGAUUGUUUACCUUAUUUCUAAUGCUAAAAAAACGAACUAUACACACAUAUCAUAAUACCCUCUAUGACGCGUUCAAAAACCGCAAAUUACAGCCAGCAUAAAGAUAAAUUAUUUUGUUAGAACACUUAUAUCUGUGAAAAUGUUAUAAUAGGGGGUAUUACUGCAAUGUUCUGCCGCCAGAGUGCAGCACUAAGUACGGGAUAUUACUGCAAUGUCCUGCCGCAAGAGUGCAGCACUACCGACUCAGUAAAUUCAUAGACUAACUUAUACAUACUGUGCCUUAAACUGUUUUUUGAUAAGUUUUCACAGACAAUAUGCAUUGUUGCAUCAAGGCGGUUUGUUAACAAGGCCUACCGGAAACGGGAAAAUCGAAAUUUAGUUAUCUGCCUCUUUCUUCUCUUCUUCCUCGCGUUAUCUCGGCAUUUUGCCACAGCUCAUUAAAAACAAAAGGAUUUGAUUUGACCUCAUUUCUAGUAUCAGUCGACAUUCGAGACGACGAUUUAUUAGAAAUGAAAUGUGAAUUACAGUUUGAUAAAAAUGUCGCAAUGGCGGUCGUAACAUGAGAUUCCUGAACACACCAUAGAGAGCUUAUGAUAUGUGUGUAGGUAGAAAAAGCAGUGUACAUAAUUAGGCAUUAUGCAGUGUCAGCAUAAACUUCUAGUAAAUAAUGCUCAAAUGAAACAUCAGUUCAUAAUGUGUUUUAAAUACAGUCGAAUGAAGUUACUAUAUUUAUUAUGUGCUACAACUUUUAAUUUUGAUUAUGUCUUCAAAUAUAAGACUGGCACGGGAGGUAUCCAGAAUUGAAAGGAGUAAAUAUCCAGUUAAGUGUUACUGUUGGUAGAUAGUUGGCUCCAGUGCGAUUAUCGAACCAACCCAAAUAUGUAACGUUUAAGAGCAUUUAAUGUUUGCAGUAAGACUGAGAGUGUUGUGUUGCUUGGGGGUGUGGUCGCGACAGCGUAGCGUGUACGUAACGUUAAGUAGGCGGCUCCACACAGAGCGAGCGGCCCCGCGAGUGUGUAGUGUAGCUGUAGACGUGCCCCGGUCGAGGCAAGCCUCCACCGACCGAGCUGCUUCGCGCGGCAUUUUCCUCGCGAGUCGGCACGUUCUGUGUGAGCCCGCCUAUUGAUGAUAACAAAUAAUACAAAUAUGGAUUCACUAUAGAUAUGUAGUCUAUGUAAAAUUCGUGCCUCUAAAUCAACGACGGCAGAAGUAGAAGGCGCUCUACAGGGGUACUGUACCCCGUUAUGACGUCGACUGUAACAGUCGACGUCAAAAAUAUGUUUACACUUUUGCACCUUACUCCUUUGUAAUAAGGCUAAAAGAGUAAACAUAUUUUUGACGUGGACUGUACAUUAUGCGGCUCAGAGAUACAAUACUAUAGAGGUGGCAACUCUCUUUUGGUCCUUUGAGUUAUGCGGUAAUCCUGGUUUGUCAAGUGAACGUCUCGGUGUAUGGGCUAUACCUCUUGCGUCAAAAGAUGGUCCCUAUGACAGUUACUACAAGUCCCUCUUAAUUGAGCUUAACUUAAAAAAUAUGAUAAUACAGUAUUUAUGUCUUAAACAUUACAUUUCUAAAUAUAUUACUGUCCUAAAUUUCAUAAAAAUGUCUACAAUUAUUUUACCUGACACAUAAAAAAUAAAUAAAAUAAAUAAAAAAUAAAUGAACUAACAUAGGGACCCUCAUUCGACACGAGAGGUAAAGCGUGGCUUUGUCGAAUGGGGUAUGGCGUUGAAAGAGUUUUAAUUAUUGUAUUAUAUCGUAUUUCAAUACAAAUGUGAGCUUUAUACUCAUACUUAUUAAUAAAAAUGAAAUCGUUUUUGCUUAA